AUGUUUGGUGGGGGAUUCUUGGGCUCGCUGAUUGGAGCCUACGAAGAGUCCCAGUGUCUGCUGGGGUCGUUCUUUGCCUGUCUGCUGAUCAUCUUUGGAGCAGAGGUUGCCGCUGGUGUCUUUGGCUUCUUGAACAAAGACAAGAUAAUCGAAGAUGUCCAGAACUACUACAUCAAAUCCUACAACGACGACAACAGCAACAACAACACAAUGAUACAAAACUCUUACCACAAAGUUCUGAACUGUUGUGGGACGUCCCAGAGCGUCUGCCCCGAGGCCCCAGGUGACACCAAGGACUGUGAGGUGGGCAUCAAGGAGUUCUUCAACAGUAAACUCUACAUCAUCGGUUACGUGGGGAUCGGCAUCGCUGCAGUUAUGAUUAUAGGGAUGAUCUUUAGUAUGGUGUUGUGCUGUGCCAUCCGCAACAGCAGGGAGAUCAUCUAACCAGGCAGAGCUUCCAGUCCUCCAGUCCCCCCAACAGCCCAACUC